UUUUGCAAAUAUUGGAAUUUGAAAAUUUUUAUUCAAGAAUUAAUAGAUUGUUAUUGAUUUAUCGUAAAUUAUCGAAGUAACAAAUGAUAUUUGGGGACAAAUACUUUACUACUAAACAGUCUAAUUCUUAUUAGUGAUAACUGCUGUAUAUUUAUUUGUCCAAGUGUUUCAAAAUGCUGAUUGAAAUCUUUUUCUUAUGCCUAUCGAUGCUUCAUGGUUUGGAAGCAAUGACGACACCAAUGACAACACUUCCACCUACGACACCCCCACCUUUAAAUUCUUUUUAUUUAAAAUAUGCGGCAUCACAGCAUCGGCAAGAUAAAAAGUUGGAUGUUAAGCCACUAGCUGUCUACAAAGAUGUUUCUCGAGUGCACUGUUUGGGAUUGUGCCUUCAGAGGCAGACUGGUGGCAAAUCGAAGAUCUGCCGUUCCUUCAACUGGUCCGAUCGCACUUGCUACAUGCUCAAUACGUACGUUUGCGACGGCGAAAGAGAAUUAACAGAUGCACCUGGCUUCAGCUACUUUGAUCUGGUGGACAGUUUCUCAAAAGAGAAAGAGUUCAUGAUGUCGAACCAGUGUGCAAUUAAAGGAAAAUGUUCCAACAAGUGCAUGAAAUUCAGACUUUUCAAGACUCCCCUUUCUUGGCAAGAAGCCCAUGCUGCCUGUCAAGCUGAAAAGGCCUAUUUGGCCAUGCCAAAGAGUUGGAGCGAUCAUGAUACGCUGAUAGCCCUGAUGAAAAAAGGCAACAUCCUCCAGUCCUGGAUCGGUGUUCGCAAGCGAGAAGGCAUCUUUUACUACGAUAACGGAGCUCUGCUUGAACACAACAACACCAUGUGGGGUCCAGACCAACCCAACGACAGCGGGGGUACGCAGCAAUGUGUCCAGAUGAUGUCGGAGAUGGAAUACCUGUGGAACGAUUUUGACUGUGCCAGGCCCGUAGGCUUCAUUUGUCAGUAUGUGUGGUAGAUGAAAUAAAUACACAGAGAAGGAAGAUAUCAUCACACAUCUAAAAUAGUUAGAUAUAAUAAUUCUUAAAAAGAUCAUUACUCAGUUGAAAAUGAUUAAGUGUAGUCAGAUAUUCUUAUAAGAUUAUUUUAGGUUUG